AUGGAGGAAGGGGCCGUUGUUGGAGAAGAGAAAGACAAGGAAGGAGCUUUAUGGGGUUUCAGUAAUGGUGAUGGAUUAAUGGUGGUUACAGGGAUGGCGUUGAUGUCGAUAAAAGCGUCAUUUAGCAAUGUGGCAAAUUUUCUGAACUGGGACUUAUUUGUGAUUGAUGUUGCGUUUUGUGGGUUUGAUUCAAGGAACUUGUCGAAUUUGAUUCUGGGUGGGGAGAUUUCACCGGCCAUUGGUGAUUUGAGGAACCUGCAGUCCAUAGAUUUGGCGGGGAACAAAUUAACUGGUCAAAUUCCGGAUGAGAUUGGAAAUUGUGGUUCUCUUGUUCACCUGGACUUAUCGGACAAUCUGUUGUACGGAGACAUACCUUUCUCUAUAUCUAAGCUCAAGAAGCUUGAAUUUCUGAAUUUAAAAAACAAUCACCUAACUGGCCCUAUUCCGUCAACAUUAACCCAGAUUCCUAAUCUGAAAACUCUGUGAGUUCAUUAUAUUCUUCUGUCACU